AUGAAGCUCCUCAACAUCCUCACUCUCCUCACCACUACUACCAUCGCCCUCGCCCAAGAUCUAAACACCCGAGAUACCGACGAAGCCACGCUCGAAGCCCGCGCAACCACCAUCUGCGGCUCCGGCUACGAACUCAGCCAAGCCAUCCCUCUCCCCAAGGGCACAGACCCCAAAAUGCGACUGGCAACCCUCUACUCCUACAUCGGGAAAGACAAGGGGUGUGUCUUCCUCGACAAUAAUGUCGGUGCGUCGCGGUACAUGUACGUGAACGUAUGCCAGUGGGAUAAGAAAAACUGCGACAAGGACUCCGGCAGCUUCAGUCAGUAUGCGGGACCCAUCUAUAUUAAGAACUUUGCUUGCGCGCCUGUUACGGCGAAGAUGGGGAAGAGCUCGAAGGAUUUGUUUAUUGAUUAUAAGUCGGAGUAUGUUUUUCCUUGUAACUAG